CUGGCAUCAGUUACUACAUCGACUGACUCUUUCUUUGGGAGUUAGGCUCACUCAUUCUCCCCUUACUAGAUUCAGACCUUAGAAGCAGUUAACUUCAUAGAUAAACUUCAAAGAAAACAGAGAGGGCUUUAUUUAUUUUUAAUUUUUUUUGGAAGGCUACUUUGGCUUCUCAUUAUUAUUGACUGGCCUAAGUCUGAAAAAUCUGCUGGAGUGAUAAAGCUGGGGACAUUUUGAUUAAGAUAUUCACUGUUGCCCUGAUAUUUUAUUUUUGACCAAAUGAUUUGGUAUGAAGAAGUAGAAGAUUGUUAUGAAAGGGAAGAUGUUCAAAAGAAAACAUUCACAAAAUGGAUAAAUGCACAAUUUUCUAAGUUUGGGAAGCAACACAUUGAAGAUCUUUUCAGUGAUUUUCAGGAUGGAAGAAGACUCUUGGACCUCCUUGAAGGUCUUACAGGUCAAAAAUUGCCAAAAGAAAAAGGCUCCACAAGAGUUCAUGCUCUGAACAAUGUCAACAAGGCACUCCAGGUCUUGCAGAAAAAUAAUGUUGAUUUAGUGAAUAUUGGAAGCACAGACAUAGUAGAUGGAAAUCAUAAACUGACUCUUGGUCUGAUCUGGAAUAUAAUUCUCAAUUGGCAGGUGAGAGCCCCUGAUGGAUGUUUUCUUUAUAAAUAA